AUGGCCAACUACAACGGGCGUCGCAUUCCCAACUUCUCGCAAUACCUGGAUGACUUGAACGCGAUUCCCUCGCCGUAUGACCAGGCCCAACAGCAGCAACAGCAGCAGAGUACCUUUAACGAUGAGGACCUUGCUCUGUUCACCAAUACCGAGUUUUUCGAGUUCGACAAAUUCACCGACUUCGGUGGUCUGCCUCCAUUCUCGCCAGAAGACGAGAAACACGAGGUUAUCUCGGAUCAAUCCGCACAAGAUCUGAAGUUCUUGGAUUUCCUGAAUGCAGAAGGACUCAAUGGCCUGACUGACUACCAGCCCGACCUGACCCGCUCUAAUGUCCAGUUGCCCAUGCACAAUGCCCACUUUUCGGGGCUUUCCUCCAUUCCUACUGGGCCUGUGACUGUAAACCAGGCACCCAUUCAGCCUGCCCCCAUCAACACCGCCCUGAAGGUCGCCCCGGCCCCAUCCGUUUCUAUGUCGCCUUCUACUCCAGUGACCGGCACCAAGCGCAAGAACUCGGCAAAUUCAACCCAAGACAGCGCCGAGGAGGCUAGUCGCCAAAUGGCCGAAGAAGACAAGCGCCGCCGUAACACCGCUGCCAGUGCUCGUUUCCGUGUGAAGAAGAAGCAGCGCGAGGCCGCUCUCGAGCAGACCGUCAAGGAGACCACCGAAAAGAAUGACAUUCUUGAGGCUCGCGUGUCUCAGCUCGAGCUGGAAAACCACUGGCUCCGUGGUCUGAUCAUGGAGAAGAAUGAUGCCGACGAGCAGUCUGAGCAAGAUAUCUCGGACAUGUUCAAGAAGUUUUUGGCCUCACAGAAGGCUACUAGCUCAAGUAUUUCCGACCUGAAGCGCGGUGUGGGCACUCUUGUAUGA